AUGACGCUUGGCUGGGCGGUGUGGCUACUGUGUCUGUGUGCCGUGGUUGCGCCUACGUUAGCAGCCGACGUCAACACAUCAACUAUAUGGGGUACUUAUCGUCCACAGCUCUUUUUCGGAUUGCGCCCACGGGUGCCUCGGACGCUUGUGACGGGCUUGGCAUGGUUCUCAACUGCAGACUAUGAGCAUGCAUCUGUAUUGCGCCAUAGCGCCUCGGACAACGACGGUAUCGAGUCUUUCAAGUGGCUAUACCAUGAUGGACGUAAUUUUGGUGUCCAGGAGAUCAUCGAUCGCAAGUAUAACUACCGCCUUGAGACGAGCUUCGUCAAGGCUGGGCACGAGCAUGGCCAACCAGGCCACUGGGCGGUGCGUGUGCGUGGUACGGUGCUUGAUGAUAGCAAGCCAGCGCAGCUUUCUACCUUUUUCUACGUUGGCAGCGAGGACAGCGAGGCUUCCUUCACCAUUCAGGGCGAGCAAUUGCAUGGCACAGAGCUUGGCGGCUUUUCUUUGCGCACGCAGGAGCACCCAGGUCAGACGCCAAUGAAAGCAUUCACAACCAUGCGUGUGCCCAGCCACAAUGUAUGGCGUGGCCCAGACCAUAUCCUGGCGGACAUGCGUCCACACCUACAGGCCAUGGCACGCUCCCAGGAAGUGUGGCCACCUGCCGCCGAGGCGAUGCAGCUGACGAACAAUAGUGAGACCCAGUCCAACUGGUAUGCACUGCAGCGAACGUACCGCGGCAACUUCACGUACGAUAUCAUGCUGGACAGCGCGCUUUCUGACCUAGAUCGCUGGGACUCAGACGCUGUGACGGCCGCACUGGAGCAGUACAAGCGUGCAUUCGAUGCGAAGUUUGAAAAGACGUUUGCGUUAAGCUCCUCAUUCUCGCCCAAGCAGGUCACCUACGCUCGCGAAAUUCAUGCACAGCUGCUGGGCGGCAUUGGCUAUUACCAUGGCACGUGCCUCGUAGAUCGCCGGCCCGCCGAGGAUAAUGGCCUGGUGCUGCACAAUAUGGAAGAUGCGCAACCCGAGGAAGAAGGGCCAUAUUCGCUGCUCACUGCAACGCCUAGUCGCACGUUUUUCCCGCGCGGCUUCUACUGGGACGAGGGUUUCCACCUGCUGCAGCUUGGUGCAUGGGAUGCGGAGCUGUCGAUGGAGCUGCUCGAAUCGUGGACGAGCCUCGUGGACAGCGACGGCUGGAUUGCUCGCGAGCAGAUCCUGGGUGAGGAGGCGCGCAGCCAGGUUCCUGGCCCAUUCCAGACACAGUACCCGCUGUACGCGAAUCCUCCCACUCUGGUAUGGGGGCUCCAGGCAUAUGUGCGCGGGCUUGAGACGCAGCUGGCUGAGGCACAGGAGAAUGUCGAAGGCACGAGUGGGCUCUCAGCACUUGAGGCGGAUGCUGCGAUGCUGUCGCGUAUGUACGAACGGCUGCAAGCACUGUACGAGCCGUGGCAGCGGCAUUAUGAGUGGUUCCGCCGCACACAGCGGGGACAGAUCCGGCAGUGGGACCGCAAAGCAACGGCGCGCCACGAAGGUUACCGCUGGCGCGGGCGCUCGUACACACAUGUACUGACGAGUGGCCUGGACGACUAUCCCCGCGCUGCGACGCCGCAUGUGGGCGAGCUGCACGUUGAUCUCCACGCGUGGAUGGGCUCGUUUGCGCGGUCGAUGCAGCAGCUCGCCCAGGUCCUGGGCCAGGUGGACGAUGCGCUCGAGUACGGCGAGCAUCUAGAAGAUAUUGCUGCCAAUGCCGUGGAUCUGCACUGGAAUGAGCAAGACGGCCUCUUCUGCGACUUGUCCGUGGACAGCGACGAUGUGUCGUACUUUGAGUGUCACGCGGGGUACGUGAGUCUCUUUCCCCUAAUGCUGCGUCUGUUGCCGGCCGACUCGGCGCAGCUUGGUGCAUCGCUGCGCCUCCUGCGUGACGAGACGCAGCUCUGGUCGCCCUACGGGAUCCGCAGCUUGAGUAAGCGCCAUCCUCUCUUCGGCACCGAAGAGGACUACUGGCGCGGCGCUAUUUGGCUCCCGAUCAACUACCUGCUCCUAGGCGCACUGCGACACUACGCCACAGGGCCUGGACCCCACGCGGCUGACGCCCGUGCUGCCUAUGUGGAUCUACGAAACAACCUGGUCAACACGGUGCUUGAGGAAUAUGAGCGAACCGGGUAUACGUGGGAGCAGUUUGAUCAGGCCACCGGUCGCGGUCGGCGUAACUACCCCUUCACAGGCUGGACCUCGCUCGUGGUCCUCAUCAUGGCGGAGAUAUACUAG